AACCUGUAAUCUCCACAAACAACACAAGUUUGUAAAUUUUGAAGGGUUUUGAACUUUUUUGGGAUUGUUUGGAGAAACUUCAGAGAUGAUGGACAAUGGAAAUGAUCAACAAAUCGAUGUCCAAUCGGUCGUUGAAGCUGUUUCUGCUGAUCAUUCCUUCGGUGCUCCCCUCUACGUAGUUGAGAGCAUGUGCAUGCGGUGCGGUGAAAAUGGAACAACUAGAUUUCUAUUGACCUUAAUUCCUCACUUCAGAAAGGUCUUACUAUCUGCAUUUGAGUGUCCGCAUUGCGGCGAAAGGAAUAAUGAAGUUCAGUUUGCUGGCGAGAUUCAACCCCGAGGAUGCUCUUACCAUCUAGAGGUUUUAGCUGGCGAUGUGAAGAUAUUUGACCGGCAAGUUGUUAAAUCUGAAUCAGCCACUAUUAAGAUUCCUGAACUGGAUUUUGAGAUUCCACCAGAGGCCCAACGUGGAAGUUUGUCUACAGUAGAAGGGAUAUUAUCACGGGCUGCCGAUGAACUGAGUGCCCUUCAAGAAGAACGCAGGAAAGUGGAUCCUAAAACUGCUGAAGCAAUAGACCAAUUUUUGUCUAAACUGAGAGCUUGUGCCAAAGCAGAGACAUCCUUUACCUUCAUUUUGGAUGAUCCUGCUGGAAACAGUUUCAUUGAGAACCCGCAUGCACCCUCACCAGAUCCCUCUUUAACGAUCCAAUUCUAUGAGCGAACACCCAAGCAACAAGCAACACUUGGAUAUCUUGCUAACCCAUCUCAGACUGGACAGUCAGAAAGAGGCCUUGUUACACCUUCAGCUGAAACAACUGCUCUACCUCAUGGAACAAUCGGAGCAACAGCUGGUCAUCGGGCGAUUGCUCAAAGUAAUAGCACUGAUAUUUCCGAUAACUUGUUCAGAUACACUGCACCUGAAGAGGUGAUGACUUUCCCUUCAAGUUGUGGAGCAUGUAUGAAGCUGUGCGAGACACGGAUGUUUGUGACUAAAAUCCCUUACUUUCAGGAGGUUAUUGUCAUGGCCUCUACAUGUGAUGAUUGUGGCUAUCGCAAUUCUGAGUUGAAACCUGGUGGUGCAAUUCCAAAAAAGGGGAAGAAAAUAGCUCUCUCUGUGAGGAACAUCACUGACCUUAGCCGAGACGUUAUCAAGUCGGACACUGCAGGAGUGAAAAUCCCAGAACUUGACCUGGAGCUAGCUGGUGGUACACUUGGUGGAAUGGUAACAACUGUAGAAGGGCUGGUCACACAGAUCAGAGAAAGCUUAGCGAGAGUCCACGGAUUCACUUUUGGUGACAGUUUGGACGAGAGUAAGAAGAACAAGUGGAAAGAAUUUGGAUCCCGGCUAACUAAGCUACUAAGCUUAGAACAGUCAUGGACUUUGAUUCUUGAUGAUGAAUUAGCGAAUUCCUUUAUAUCACCAGUAACAGAUGAUAUCAAAGAUGACCAUCAGCUCACAUAUGAAGAGUACGAGAGAUCAUGGGAACAAAACGAGGAGUUGGGUCUCAAUGACAUCGAUACUUCUUCAGCUGAUGCUGCUUAUGAAUCCACAGAGACAACUAAAUAACCUUAUACCUUAAAAGUUGUAGCUAUUAUCAAGUGUUAGUUGUGAUAAUCUGAUAAACAAAGUCGUAAUCUAUAUUUCGUAUACAACCAAUGUAGUAAACCAACUCAUGUUGAGUAAUGUUUGACAUUGUUCUCUUCAUCUUUUGCCGCCAUUCAAGA